AUGGUCCGUAUCAAGCAUCGCUACCUGCUCUUCAAUAUUCUGUAUCCCGAAGCUGCGACAUCCGAUGUCAAGACAACCGACCCUCCCUACCUUGCAUUCCAUGCUCCGUCGCCUGGCCAUCUGACGGGCGGGCUUGUUCUAAAUGCAUUGCGGGCGUCAAUCGCCGCGCACUUCGGAGACGUCGGCGUCGGCCUCGCGUCGGCGUCAUUGAAAGUCGUGUACUUUUCUCCAGCUACUUCUACAGCAAUCGUGCGCUGUCCUCGGCAGCACUUUCGCUUGGUCUGGGCUGCUUUGACCUACAUGACCGAAGUCCCUGGAACAAAGUUUGCCCCGAGCAAGAAAUGCGUCGUUCAAGUCGUGCGAGCUAGUGGCACAAUUCGGAAGAGCGAAGAGGAGUUGCUGCGCCGCACCAAGAGAGACAUCGUCAGGGUGAAGGAGUGGGAAGAAGGUGCGGCGGAGGAUACCGGAAUACUGGCUCGGCUCCUGGCUGCCAAUGCGCCACCUGAGUCGCAGCAGCAUUUGCUUGACGAGACCUUAAUGAGCAUUGACGAGGACGACGACAUGUCUGAGUGA